GUAGGACACUGCCAAUCACUGAACAGUAAACACUUAAACAGUGAUGUUUUGGCGUUCUGCCGUUGUGUUGUACGUGUUGUUUAGUCCAUAGCGUACCACCGUUCACCGGUUGUUGUGUGGCGCGCAGGACGCACUUUUAUUUUUCCUGUUGUCUUUUGAUUACGUUAUUACUGUUCUUGUUUUAGUAUUGACUUUUGUUUCUCAGACUAAAUCGUUUGCUAUCAUCGUAUUGAUUAGUUUAACGUACAAGUAGGCUGUGUACAGUUUUCGUUUUUGCGCUCAUCCGACGGUCGCUGUCGCGAUAAUAUGACCUAAUCAAGAACUAUUUAUUGAAUAUUCGGUUAUAAAUUGCGUAUCAAAAACCAUCAUGCUCAGAGAUCGUGAAUAAAAUAGAGUAUUCCUAAAAUCCCUUUAAAAUGUAUGGAAUGACAUCGGCAAUAAGUGAUGCUCUUCCGACAGACAUUGAUAUACAGUUAACAAAAUCAUUAGAUGAUGCUCUUUCAAAAGAAAAAGUUAUUACUACUGAUGAAGAUUUAUCUCAAAGGCUUGAAGUAUUAUCAAUGCUUAAUAAUUUGGCUAAAGAAUGGAUACGUGAAGUAAGUAUGGAAAGAAAUUUACCUGAAAUAACUGCUGAAAAUGUUGGAGGUUUAGUAUGUACGUUUGGAUCAUAUCGUCUUGGCGUUUAUCAUAAAGGUGCUGAUAUUGAUGCAAUUGUCAUUGUCCCUAGACAUAUAACUAGAAAUGAUUACUUUGCAACAUUCUAUAAUAAGUUAAAAGAAAAUCCUAAUAUAAACAAUGUUCGAGCUGUUGAAGAAGCUUUUGUUCCAGUGAUUAAAAUGAUAAUACAAGGCAUUGAAAUUGAUAUGUUGUUUGCACGCCUUGCUUUAAAAGAAGUACACGAAGAUACUGAUUUGCAACAAGAUGAUCUAUUGAGAAAUUUGAAUCCUAAAUGUGUACGAAGUUUAAAUGGAUGUCGUGUAACAGAUUCUAUUUUACGAUUAGUUCCAAAUCGAGAAUCCUUCAAGAAAACAUUAAUUGCAAUAAAAUUAUGGGCUAAACGUCAUAGAGUUUAUUCAAAUGCAUUAGGAUACCUGGGAGGAGUUUCUUGGGCAAUGUUAGUAGCAAGAGUAUGCCAGUUAUAUCCAAAUGCAGCACCAGCAACUUUAAUACACAAAUUUUUUUUAAUAUUUUCUAAGUGGCAAUGGCCUCAACCUGUAUUAUUGAAACCAUCAUAUUUUAUGGAUCUUGGAUAUCCAGUUUGGGACCCAAGAGUAAACAUGGCGGAUCGUAAUCAUGUUAUGCCUAUUAUAACUCCAGUUUAUCCUCAACAAAAUUCAACUUUUAAUGUUACUCAUUCCACACUAGCUAUUAUACAAGAUGAAUUUAAAACAAGUUUAGACAUUAUGGGAGAAAUUUUAACUGGAGAGUCUAGUUGGUCAAAAAUUUUUCAACCAUCUAAAUUUUUCACAAAAUAUAGAUAUUUUUUGGCCAUAACUGUAUUUGCUAACUGCGAUGAAGAAUUACUUGAAUGGAGAGGGUUAGUUGAAUCAAGGCUUCGGUUUUUACCUACAUCUUUAGAAGAAAUUGAAUGUGUCCAAAGAUCACAUUUAAAUCCUGACCAGUUUGUCUUACCUUAUGAAAAAUCACAAGGAAGGCCAUCAUCAGUUUGGUUUGUUGGUCUAGAAAUAUCAAAGUCAAAUGGUACAGUAGUUCAAUUAGAUUUUAGUACUCAUAUCCGAGAUUUUUGCUUAUUAGUGAAAAGUAGAGCUCAUACCAUUUUUAAAGCUGGAAUGGAUAUACAAGUUAACCAUUUGAAAAGAAAAGAUUUAAAGGAUUAUGUACCUGAUGAGUUGAAAAAAGAAAAAGCUAUUCCAAAUACUGUUGGUAGUAAAAUUAUUGCUCGAUUAUCAACUGAGGGUAGACAUUCUGUAUCGGAGUUAGUUGAUGAAUCUCAAAAGAGUCCUACCUCUAGGAAACGUAGUGGUGAAGAUUGUAUUGAUGAUAAUAUCAUUAAAAAAAACCUAUUGUCAAAUGAAGAAAAAAUAUUCGUCUUGGGAUCAGUGGAAUCUCAUAGAAGUCCAUCAUCUGAAAUUAAAUCAAAUAACCUAGUAAAUACUCUAUUAUCAACCGAAAAAGAAAAUCAUUCAAUAUCGACCGGAAAUGAAAUCAAAGAAAAUUUAAAUAUUGUAAAAGAAUCUCUAUUGCCAACGGAAGACAAACAUUCCACUGUUGAAUUGGAAGAUUCCCUGACUAGUCCAGUAACAAAUAAAUGCUGCGCUGAUGAUGAAAAUGAUGAGAAUGAUCAGAAAAAAUUAAGGCUUCUUCAUCCAACUGUUGCCUAAUUACCCAUGUGUUCAUAUGAAAUAAAUCUUUAAAUUAAAAUAUAUAUAUAUAUAUAAAAAAAAAAUAUAUU